CAGGGUGGAGGUAAUCGUGAAGAAGAAUUAACACCUGAUGAGCCAUGGAAACUCUAUGAAUUUUUCUCUUUGUCAAGGUGGAGGCAUGGGGUGGUCAUGAAAGUGUGUGCCGGCUCCCUACUCUGGCUCGACCCUAAAGCGAGAAGUUCGCCGAAUCAUAUCCCAACGACAGCAUUCCUCCCUCCCGCGAUCCCCAUCCCUCCGUAUCGAUGGAGAAAACGAAGGCGACCCGAGGGGCCGCCGAGGCACCAGCCCAUCGGACCACCAGGGCCGAUUCGCUGGGCGGUGUUGAGCCGCUCUCUUGCCUCUCACCGUCGAGCACGGAGCGACCCGUGCCCGGACUGUGCCUCAAAGCAGCUGGAUGAACUCUUUGCCUAG